AUGAGACCAGAAAUAUCCACACUUCUGGUUCUGCCUGAGCUGUACCCAGACUUGAAGGACCAUGAUGAUGUGAAAAGAUACCCCGAUGUUUUAAGAGUAAAUGGCAAUGUUUGCUUCAUUCAACAUGGCGAACACGACAGCCAGGAACAAGAUACAAGCACAUUCACUAAUAAAUUUGAAGCAGAGUUUGUCAUUGGAUUGUGCGAGUAUAUUCUUCUUCAAGGGCAGUUCAAAGCAGAACAGAUUACAAUUCUUUCCCCUUAUGCUGGGCAGAUCCAUUUCAUCAAGAAUCAAAUGCAGACAUUAGCCAGGUCACACAAAACUGCUGACAAAUUGAAAGGGGUGAAAAUCUCAUCAGUUGACAACUACCAGGGCAAUGAAAAUGAUAUUAUUCUUCUGUCGUUGGUAAGAAGUAAUGAGGAUAAUGAGAUUGGAUUUCUGAAAGCCAACAAUAGAAUCUGCGUUGCUCUGUCUCGAGCGAAAAUUGGUCUUUAUGUGGUUGGUAACUUUGCUGGCUUGUCACAGAGCAGUGCUCUCAUGCAGGAUAUCACGAAUAACGCCAAGAGGCUGGGAUACUUAAAAGAGCACAUUACUUUAUCCUGCUUGAGGCAUAAGGAUAAGCAGACAGUUAUAAGACAACCCAAAGACUUCAGCAAAGUUUCAGAAGGGGGCUGUGCGCAGCCAUGUAAAAUGAGACUCAAAUGUGGGCAUAGUUGUAAACGAGUCUGUCAUGCAGACGACAUUAAUCAUAAAAAUUCACAGUGCAAUGAAAAAUGUCGACACUUUUGUGAGAAAUGCAAGCAGUACUGCAGCGAGGACCAUCGCUGUGAUGAACAUGAGGUUUGCCGAAAUCUGGUGGAAAAGAUAAUCCCAGUCUGUCAUCACGUGCAGAAGGUAGCAUGUGGUGUUGAACCCAAUGCUGUUGAAUGCCAAGAGAAGUGCCAGGAAGUUCUGCCUUGUGGUCAUCAGUGUACUGACCGAUGCGGGAGCAAACAUGCUCACACGCAGAAUGUGUGCAAAGUUAAAAUAAAGUACACACCAGACCAGUGUGGUCAUGGAAGUUUCUAUGUUGUGUGUGGGCAGUCCAGGAGCCAGGACAGAGGUAAAUGCCCUAAACCUUGUAAGGUUGAGCUAGCCUGUGGCCAUCUCUGUGCCGGUACCUGCGGGCAGUGCAGCAAUCAACGCUUGCAUGAGACCUGUCAGAUGAAAUGUCAGAAGAUACUUAUAUGUGGUCAUGAAUGCCAGGACACUUGCAGCAGUUGUCCCCCUUGCACGAGACCUUGUGAAACAGCUUGCACACAUUCACGCUGUCCAAAAAAGUGUGGUGAACUAUGUUCACCUUGUGUAGAGAAUUGCUCAUGGGCAUGCAGGCAUAAAUCUUGUGAGGAACUCUGCUGCCUGCCUUGUAAACGGCCUCCCUGUAAUGUACAGUGCUCAAAACGACGUCCUUGUAAACAUCUUUGCUCUGGUUUAUGCGGAGAGGAGUGCCCCCGAUUGUGCAGUGUCUGCGAUAAGGAAACACUUGUGAGUGAAAGUCUGUAUGGCUUCGAUGGUGAUCCAACUACCUUAUUCAUUGAAGUGGACUGUGGGCAUGUGAUUGAAGUGGAUUUCAUGGAUGAGUGGAUGAAAACAAGUACUGCCUCAAGUGAUGAGUCUGGUAACAUGGUUAUUGGAUUAAAAUGUUGUCCGGUCUGCAAAUCGCCAGUCAGAAAAUGUGCCCGCUACAACAAACAGAUCAAGGAAAUGCUUCGAUAUAUUGAGAGCGUAAAGAAGAAAUAUAUUGGAGAAAAGCAUACGGAAAUGAAAAGACGUCUAAAACAUGUCAUUUCUGAAAUCCGAGGUCAAGACAGACUAAUCAUUGACAACUUUAUUGAAGAAGGAGGGGAGGUGCUGUCCGAGGUCAUUCUGGAAGCACAGCUGAACCAGGUGAACUUAUUCAGGCUAGUUACAGCCAUGCGUAAAGCCACAGAAGAGUGCAUACGGAGAUUUGAUGGCAGCUCUGGAAUACUGAAGAAUAUUCUUCAGGAUCUGAAAUGUUUCUGCACCUGGAUUCUCAAGAAGCGAUCAGUUUUUUCAGAGCAAAACAGACUGGAUGCUGAGCUGGAGAGAGAUCGACUAACUGUGCUUCUGGACCUGUGUAAAAUUAAUGAGACUGUGAAACAACGGGGUCUUCAUGAGAAGCUCGAAGUCCGCCAUGUCACAAUGCUUGGGCAGACAGUCAUACAGUUAUCGGCACACAAGAGAGCUGACCCGGCUGCUGUUAAGGAGGCCAAAACUCUUUGUGACAAACUGAAGGAGAUAAUCCCAGACACUCAUAUUGCACUUACGGCAGCAGAAAAACUGGAGAUUGUCAGAGCUGUGAAUGUUAGCAGGGGAGCCUGGUACAAAUGCAGAAAUGGUCACAUCUAUGCUAUUGGUGAAUGUGGACAGGCCAUGGAAGAGUCUGUAUGUCCGGAAUGCAAAGCAAAGAUUGGGGGUGCCAACCAUCAACUUCUCACGGAUAAUGCUUGGGCACCUGACAUGGAUGAAGCAGAGAGACCAAUAUGGGACAACAUUAAUGCAGAUAGAGAACUAGCUUUGCGUCUGCAAGAAGAACUUGAUCGAAUUGAUUUAAUGGACUGA